AUGGCAGGUAAAUCAGAUUUACCGAAGAAGCCUAAGCGCGAAACAAGCGCAUUUGUGAAAGAUUUUCUAGCUGGUGGUAUAUCAGCUGCCGUAUCUAAGACUGCUGUGGCUCCGAUUGAGAGAGUUAAAAUUCUUUUACAAGUUCAAGAUGUCAAUAAGGAAGUCAAAAAGGACAAGAAAUAUAAAGGUAUUAUUGAUGUCUUAGUCAGAGUGCCGAAAGAGCAGGGUUUUUUCUCCCUGUGGCGUGGUAAUUUCGCAAAUGUCCUACGAUAUUUUCCGACACAAGCGCUAAACUUCGCUUUUAAGGAUAAAUACAAGGCUCUAUUCCUUACUGGCGUUAAUAAAAAUACCAAUUUUUGGAAAUAUUUUGCGGGUAACCUGGCAUCAGGAGGAGCCGCGGGUGCCACAUCUAUGUGUUUUGUGUACCCUCUAGAUUUUGGACGAACCAGAUUAGCUGCAGAUGUCGGCAAAGGAAAACAAAAACGUGAGUUUAAUGGACUGAUUGACUGCCUCCUCAAGACGCUCAAAUCAGAUGGGCCUUUGGGCUGGUACCGAGGAUUCAUAGUGUCGGUACAGGGAAUUAUAAUAUAUCGAGCAACGUACUUCGGAUUCUUCGACACGGCAAAAGCAUUUUUCCCUGACCCAAACAACACUCCUCUGCUUUUAACUUGGCUCAUAGCUCAGACUGUCACAACAUUUGCGGGAUUUUGUUCGUAUCCGCUGGAUACCGUGCGGCGGCGAAUGAUGAUGCAGUCCGGUAUACCACCAGAGCAGCGUCAGUAUAAGAGCACUGCUCAUUGCUGGGCAGUUAUAUUGAAAAAGGAAGGACUUCGGGCUUUCUUCAAAGGUGCUUUCUCUAACGUACUAAGAGGCACUGGUGGAGCCUUUGUCCUUGUACUGUACGACUACAUCAAGAAGUUAUUGUGA